GAAUCGGUCAAGGUCUCUUUCAGCUAAACAGACCGACAGGAACAAACUGGAGCUUUCAGCGGUUAUAAAAGCCCUCGGGAUCUGUUUUUUAAAAGGCGUAUGCUUAUCAUCUCUCCUCGUUGCGUAGGAAACAGCGUUGUGAAAAUGUCAUCCAGCGGGUUUUUCAUGUACUUCGCUUUUGGCAGUAAUUUACUGAAAGAGAGACUUCAGCUAAAAAACCCAUCCGCCGUGUUUCACUGCGUCGGCAGAAUACAGGACUACAGGCUGAAUUUCGGUCUUCCGGGGGACUGCACUGACUGUGCUUGGCACGGCGGAGUGGCCACAAUACAAGAGAGCCAAGGAGACGAGGUCUGGGGAGUCGUGUGGAGGAUAGACAGACAAAACCUCACCAGUUUAGACAGGCAGGAACAGGUUCAUGAAGGCGUGUACAGCCCGUUGGAGGUCAAAGUGGAAACUAAGGAAGGGCCGCUUCUUUGCCGGACGUAUAAGAUGAACAAUUUUAGAGCCUGCUCACCUUCACCACAAUACAAAAAGGUUGUGUGUUUAGGGGCUCAACAGAACGGCUUGCCUCAAACCUACAUACAGAAUCUUCUGGCACUGGAGACAAACAACUACAGCGGCAGCUCCGUUUUAGAUCAGAUUACAGACAUUGACAAAUGACCUGCGUGAAAUGACCCAUUUAGUUUUUCAAGCUUAUGCCAAUCAAUCAUAAAUAAAGUCCUGGACAUUAACCCAGCGCUGAGCACGUGUUGUUCUGACAUCUUUUGUAAUAGGUACUGAGCAGAAGGUCGUGGAAAGUCCCACAAACACAUCUGUGUGUGAGGAUCACUAGGGGUUUGAGUCUGUUGAUUCUGUUGAGUGUAAAGUAUGAUCUAGAGAAGAUCGGGCUGACGUCUUAAAC